GAGCUGGACGGAGUGCCAGUCACAAUGUGCUAGAGGCGAGGGAGGGCAAGGAAGACCACUGCAGCUACAAAGGCGAGAGGAGCGCAGUUAAAGAAGUGUUGUUAAACGUGGGCUAUGCGCGCAACAAGGGGGGAGCGCAGUGCACAGAGGAGGUGAACGCAUGUAGAGGCUCAGCUUCACAUUCACAGCCUCCUUCCUGAAGAGACAGCGCUGAGAGGGGAAAGGAGUCAGGAAUAACUCAGAGAACAACACAGCAACUCUUGGACAACAGUGCGCUACAGCACUCAAGACAGAAGCUUGGAUAAAGGGCUCCAAGGAAGACUUUUCCUGGUCAGAACCUGCUCUGGACAAGAAAAAAAAUGAAUGUCAGUGAAGAGAAUCUGCUCAAGUCCAUCAGCAACGACGCGCUCCUCGACCUGACGCAGCGCUACGGGCAGUCAGCCUUUGGUUUUGGUGCUGGCCACGGUGCUGGAAGCCCCGGCAGGUACCCGCUUACACCGGCCGCUGACUUCCUCUCCGGGCAGACCGCGAAGUCCAACGAAAGCGGUGGGGAGCACACUAGCGAUGACGAGGACGGCUUUGACUCUCUGGAGUCCCGGAAGAGGGGUUCCUCGUUUGGGGACGACAAGCCUGGUGGGCCCCUGGCCAAAAAGUCCAAGGAGCAGCGAUCCCUGCGGCUCAGCAUCAACGCCAGGGAGAGGAGGAGGAUGCACGACCUGAACGACGCGCUGGACGGCCUGCGCGCAGUCAUCCCGUACGCUCACAGCCCCUCGGUGAGAAAACUCUCCAAAAUAGCCACUCUCCUCUUGGCUAAGAACUACAUCCUCAUGCAGGCUCAGGCUCUGGAGGAGAUGAGGCGGCUGGUGGCGUAUCUGAACCAGGGACAGACCAUAACUUCACCGAUCCCCACCGCGUUGGCGCCCUUUGGACAGGCAGCCGUCUACCCCUUCUCGGGCUCCGCACUCGCCACCUGUGCCGAAAAGUGCGCCACUUACUCUGGGGCACCGUCGACUCUCUUCAAACACUGUAACGACAAGCCUUGAUUUGAUUUACACUUUUCCUGAACUUUUACCUGUAUUGCGCAUAUGUCGGUCUCUGUUCCAUUCUAGUUAAUUUAAGGCAUAAUUCUGUGCAAAUUAAAAGUCUAAUGCGUAAUAGUAAGAUAUGGAUAAGUAAACAUACUUCAAUAUAGAAAUUCAAUUGCUUGGGCCUUCCUGUCACUGUGGCUUGCAUGUCUCACAUCAACUACAGGCCAUAUCCAAAAUCUGAACUUAAAUUCUGGGAAGUUUGUGUUAUCAUUUGCAAUCUAUGCAACAUUCAGAAAUUACACGAAAAAAAUAAAUAAAUACGACCAAUAUCAACCUUCAGGUCUGAUCCUCUUGACUAACUAUAUGAAAAAUAACUUGAUGUUAUAUUUUCUGAUACAAUUUGUUUUUAUUUCAACUUAUUGCACAUCUCACAUGAUUGUAUUGUACAACUUUGAAUAAUCUUCAAACCCGGUUAUUAUAAUGAUUAGAAUGGUUAUAUAACUGCAGCCUAUAAACUGAAGAAGCGUUCUGGUUGUGUUACAACAUGGAUUUCAUAUAUUGUUUAUAGUAUGUCUUUAUAAUUAAAACAUCUAUGCUCGGAG